UCAAUUCUUACUUCGUUUCUUAUGUUCGUGUCCAUGACCGUAGUCGUGAGCGUACGGAAGAGGUUGAUAGCCGUAACCGUGGCCGUGACCGUAUUCGUGACUAAAACCGUGGUGGCCGAAACCAUGUCCGAAACCGAGGCCAAAACUAUGACCGAAAUGUACGGGUAGUGAAUGGCCAUGCAACGCGGGAUAAAUGUGUCCACUGUUAUAACCAUAUCGAGCGGCAUAUGCUCCUGCACCAAUCGCGCCUGCACCAAGGAACGGAAUUGGCGAUGGUUGGACCGGAAUCGGAACUGGAACCGGAACCGGUAUUGGAUAUACUUGUUUUACCGGAACUGGAUACGGUUGUUGUACUGGAACUGCAACAGGAUGUUUCACCGGUAUUGGGAUAGGACGUUCCACUGGAACUGGAACUGCCUAAAAAGCAAUUAAAUUCGAUUAAUUAGUAGUUUGUAAGAAAACAUCCACAAUUUGAAUGAAAGUGAUUAGAUCGAAUAUGUCGUAUUUAAGAAGAAUUGUAAAAGUUAACCUUAAUGAUUAUGUACAUAAUCAUACUUUUUCCUAAGAUUCUUCCAUUAUUCCUGGUAGUCAGUACAGCAAUUACUGUCGAAAAACAUGAAAAGAUUAACAAUAAAUUAUUAAAGAAACAUGAUAAAAGAGGACUUACAAAUUUAGAAUAUAGUUUAUCCGAGCCUGGAUAUCAUCCUCCUGAACCAGCUAUCUUUGAACCUUCUGCUCCCGAUCUAAGUGGACAUUUGGAAUCUGCAAUAGCACCAGUUGCUCCUCCACCUGCUGUAUUGCAUCCAGCUCCUGCAGUUCCAGUUCCUGCAGUACCGGUGCCACAGCCCGUUNNNCAUCCGGUUCCAGUCGCGGUGCCUCAGCCAGUUCCACAUCCGGUUCCAGUCGCGGUGCCUCAGCCAGUUCCACAUCCGGUUCCAGUCGCGGUUCCUGUGACUAAACACGUGCCAAUUCCCGUACCCAUCGAUCGAGCGGUUCCAGUUCCAGUGGAUCGUCCUGUCCCCGUACCAGUCGCGGUUCCAGUUCCGAAACCAUAUCCGGUCCACGUGGAGAAGAUAGUGCACGUUGACAGACCCGUGCCAGUACCAUUCGAAAAGCCAGUCCACGUGCCGGUGGAUCGACCAGUGGCUGUUCCUGUUCCAGUGCCAAAACCAUAUCCGGUUCCCUUCGAGAAGAUAGUUCACGUGGACAGGCCUUAUCCGGUCCAUGUGGCGGUACCUUAUCACGUUCCCAAACCUUAUCCAGUUCCAGUUGCUAUUCAUGCUCACAAGUCGCAUGGAUGGCUCUUUAAUGUAAAAGUUCUUGGAAAUCAUAGUAAUUCGCGCUUUUUUUUUUCGAAGAUAUUUGAGCAAAUGCAUUUCAAAAAAUUGAUAUACGAUGUAACGACUCGAUUUUUCCAUCGAGGAGUCCAUGUUAUUCUGCAUUCGUCGUUUGUGAGUCUGCAAUCGUUUGUAACAACCGGAAGAAAGCUUCAUGAAACUCUUCGUGUACCAGUCGGAUGCAAGCGUGUUACUAUGAAGCCGAAAAAAUUGGGAAUUAUUGGCGGUUCGUUGCUUACUUUUGGAAUUUUGAUCUGUGCAAUUGCUUUUCCUCCAUUUCUGAAAUCACAAGUGAAAAAACAAAUAGCCUUAAAAAAUGGAUCCGAGAUGCGGGAAUUAUGGUCCAAUUUCCCUAUCCCUUUGGACUUUAAAAUUUAUCUUUUCAACGUAACGAAUCCCAUGGAAAUUACAGCGGGAGAGAAACCAAUUCUCGAGGAAGUAGGACCAUUUUUUUACGACGAAUACAAACAAAAGGUGGAUCUGAUCGAUCGAGAAGGAGACGAUAGUUUGGAGUAUAACUUGAAAGCGACAUGGUUCUUCAAUCCAUCUCGAAGCGAAGGAUUGACCGGUGAGGAAGAACUGGUCGUUCCUCACGUUCUUAUUCUGAGCAUGAUCAAACUCACCCUCGAGCAACAACCAGCCGCCAUAGGGAUUCUCAAUAAGGCUGUGGAUAAUAUUUUCAAGAAACCUAGUUCUGUCUUCAUAAGAGCGAAGGCAAGGGAAAUACUUUUCGACGGUUUACCAGUUGAUUGCACGGGAAAAGAUUUCGCCACGAGCGCAAUUUGCAGCGUUUUGAAAGAAAAGGACGACGCUUUAGUGGCCGAUGGACGAGGGCGUUACUUGUUCUCACUUUUCGGCCCUAAAAAUGGCACCGUUCUUCCCGAACGUAUACGAGUGUUGCGGGGUAUAAAAAAUUACAAGGACGUAGGAAAAGUAACUGAAGUUAAUGGAAAAACGAAGUUGGAUAUUUGGGGGGAGGGUGAUUGCAACGAAUUCAAUGGCACAGAUUCAACGAUCUUCGCGCCAUUGCUCACGGAACAAGACGAGAUUGUCUCAUUUGCUCCUGACAUUUGCAGAAGCAUGGGGGCUCGUUUCGAUUCAUACACACAAGUCAAAGGCAUCAACACAUACCAUUACAAAGCUGAUUUGGGCGAUAUGAGUUCACAUCCGGAGGAGAAGUGUUUCUGUCCCUCGCCGGAUUCUUGUUUAACGAAAAAUCUCAUGGAUUUGACCAAGUGCGUAGGUGCUCCGCUUAUAGCUUCCCUUCCACAUUUACUUGGAGCGGAAGAAAAGUAUCUAAAAAUGGUUGAUGGACUUCAUCCGAACGAGGAAGAACACGGAAUCGCCAUGGACUUCGAACCAAUGACAGCUACUCCUUUAAGCGCGCACAAGAGGCUACAAUUUAAUUUAUAUCUUCACAAAAUUGAAAAGUUCAAAUUAAUGAAAAACUUCCCGGAAUGUUUGUUCCCAGUAUUCUGGGUCGAGGAAGGGAUAUUGCUCAGUGAUGAAUUCGUGAAAAAAUUGAAGACCGUGUUCAAGACAAUAAGUAUAGUCGGAUUUAUGAAAUGGUUCACAAUAGUAAGUGGUACUUGCGUGAGUGGAGCAGCUGCCGCGUUAUUCUUUAAGAAUAAAGAUAAAAAUAAACUCGACAUCACGAAAGUAACACCGAAAAAAAGUGAAGAGAAGAAAUGGCCUAACCAGAUGACUAUCAGUACGAUACAAAGUGCAGCAGUACCGCCUAAUCUUGACGCGGAUUAAAUGAUAUUCGUUGAUUUUACAUAUUUUGUUUUUACAUAUUUGUUGAAAGUAAGAACAAUUUUGAAGAGGAGACUUGUGUUUUAUAAGUAUAAGUGAAUCAUUUUUAAACGGAUCAUUAUUGAAUUGUAACCCCUCAAAAUAUUUGCAUAUAGUGCAAUAAUAAUUAUGGAUCAUAGUGUAUAUUAGAACAUUUGAUAUAACAAUUAUUAGAUCAUUCUGGCUGAUAUGAGUCACUUAAAAAGUGAUGGAUGUGCACUUAUAACAUAUUUCGUGCAAAUAUUUCGAUCUAUUUUAAAGAAGAGAGAAAUUGAAAAAGAAAGAGAAUAAGGAAGAGGGAGAAAAAGGAAG